AUGGAUUUAGCCCAGAUAUUUGAAAACAGCCCAGGCGAGGUGAUCAAGUGUGUCGACAUGCACACCACCGGUGAACCAACACGAAUCAUUUACUCAGGCUUCCCCCGUCUCCAAGGAACACUUCUCGAACAGCGCGACCAAGCCAAAGCAAACCAUGACAAUAUUCGCAAGCGCAUCAUGCUCGAGCCUCGUGGACACUACGACAUGUAUGGUGCAAUCAUCAUCCCAGACACAGAGCUCGUCCAAAGUGGAGAAGCGCACAUCGGCACACUGUUCACGCAUAAUGGCGGAUUCUCUACAAUGUGCGGACAUGCUACCAUUGCACUGGGUCGCUUCUUAGUCGAUACCAAUGAUCUGAUGGUAUUUCCGAAGCGGGAUACAUUGGUGGUUAACAGUGCGACCAACGAGGUUGCUGUCAACAUCCAUGCACCGUGUGGCUUGGUUCGGGUUACUGUACCCACUACGCCCGAUGGACAGAAAUCGGAUCCAUCGCGCUCGGUCAAGUUCCUUUCUACGCCAGCUUACGCUGCAGCGAUCGAUCUUACGAUUCCCAUCCCUAGAGAUGUUGCGUGGCCCGAGCUCGGAGGUCGGGAAUCCAUCACACUUGAUAUCUCCUAUGGUGGUGCCUUUUACGUACUGGUUGAUGCCCGGGAACUGGGUUUCACGGAAGGGCUGAGCGAGAUUGACCUUGCGUGCGUUGCGAGCGCAGUGAAGAAGCUCAAGGCUUACCUCGUGACAAGGCCCGAUGUUAUUACUGCGUUGCGUCAUCCCGAGGAUGAGAGGCUAUCUUUCCUUUACUCUAUCAUGCUUGUGGAUCGUGACAUCGGAUCUAGACCGGAUGGUGUGGAUGGCACGGAGACUGGACUUUGUUUCUUCGCCGAGAAUCAGAUUGAUCGAUCCCCAACGGGGUCAUGUGUGACCGCUCGUAUGGCGUUGGCCAAUGCGAAGAACGUGAGACCGCGUGGUCAGAAGUGGGCUUACAACUCUCUUGUGUCGAAUCGAUUUGAUACCGGUGCUUUCAUUGCUUUGAUCGUGGAUGACAAUGUCUGGCUGGAAGGAGAGCAUGGGGUCGCAAGGCAAGCUGUUAUUGUUCAGGUUGAGGGCAAGGCCUAUUAUACUGGAGCAAUGACCUUCGUCAUUGAAGACGAUGAUGUGACAACCGAAAGUGGAUUCACGAUGGAUGAUUGUGCACGUGGUCUCUCAAAGUAA